CUUCCCCUUCCCUUUGGCUUUUUCGGAAACCGAGAAGCGGAGCAGGCCGAGCAAGUGAAACGCCGAACAAGAGCAGCGAGCAGUCGAGCACCGCCGUCGCCUGUCCGCCGCGUCGCCGUCCGAGCAGUCGAGCACCGAACAGGAGCACCGAGCAAUUGAAGCUUGAGCAUAAACACAAGAGUUACCAACUUUGACUCUCGGUGAUCGGCUUGGCUAAAAGUCCUGGGGUUACACUAUUUCAUUUUUAAGCAACCUUUGCUUAUAUUUGCAGUUGAGGAUAUCAUCUCAUUUGUUAUUGAGUUUGGUAGCUGGUAGAGAUAGAUAUGAGCAAUUCUGCAGCAGGGCCCUCAUCAAAAGAAAAAGUUGGAGCAUCCCAACCAUCAGAAACCUCGUUGAAACGUAAACGUGGAAUGUUUCAAAAGGAUUUGCAGCGUAUGAUGUAUGGGUUUGGAGAUGAUCCCAAUCCAUUUCCAGAGACUUUGGCACUUGUAGAGGACAUUGUUGUGGAAUAUGUCACAGAUAUGGUACACAAAGCUCAAGAUCUUGCAACCAAAAGAGGGAGGCGUUUGACAGAAGAUUUUCUGUUUUUAGUCCGAAAGGACUUGCCAAAACUUAACCGGUGCAAAGAGUUGCUGACAUUGAACGAGGAGCUAAAACAAGCAAGGAAGGCCUUUGAUGAAGAUAAGUUGGCCACACUUGAAUAAUUGAUUCCAUUGUCACUCCCAAUGUAAUAUAUGGUUUGUAUACUAAUGGCCAUGUCUGUGCUACAAGUUAUUAUAAGAACAUGCGUAGAUUGAAGGUCAUGCUUUACAUUUUUUUCUUCAUCUGGUCUUGUUCUCCCAAUUCCUUUCAUACUUGGUAAAUCCACAUGUUACUUAGGUGAGGGGUAGAGAAGAGAGUGAGUGGUUCUCUUUUUGGCCAAAACACAAGGGAUGUUGUAAAGUGUGAUUUCCAAGGUUGAUCAAGUGAGAUUGUGAAAACACACCCAAAGUUGUUUUUAUUGAAAAAAAUCAAAUUUGGAAGCUAUAAAAAGUGUUGUAUUUA